CAAAGAUUAUCUCUUUCAUUCCCUAUUUGGAGUAGAAAAAUGUCCUUUGCAGAAGAACCGAGUGGAUAAACAUAGAAACUUUUCCCUCUUUUUCUCUUCGACCCAAAUCUCGAUCUACAAUUAGUUUUCAUUUUUCUUUGUGUUUAAUCAAUCAAAUUAAUUUUCGAUGUGUUAAUUGAUGUCUGAUUGUUAAAUUUCUGGAUCGAGAUCGAACGAACCUCGAUCAAUCUGUUCCCUUUUGUGUUCAAGUUUGCUUUUGUAGUUUGUAGGUCAUUUGGUUGGGGUAAAACAUGUCACAUCAACAAGAGGAUGAUGCUGAUUACAUGGCAAACGAGUAUGACAUGGAAGCUAUGGAUGAUGAUAUGGAUGACGAGUUCCAUGGCCGAGAUGUUGGUGGCUCUGAUUCAGAUGCAGAUGACUAUGACUACACGAAUAACAAAAUGCAAGAUACCUCUGCUGCCGAGGCAAGGAGAGGUAGAGACAUUCAAGGGAUUCCAUGGGAAAGGCUUAGCAUAACCAGGGAGAAAUACAGGCAAACGAGAUUAGAGCAGUAUAAGAACUAUGAAAAUAUUCCACAAUCUGGGGAGGCGUCAGAGAAGGACUGCCUAGCCACAAAGAAAGAAGUUUCAUUCUAUGACUUCAGACGUAAUUCAAGAUCUGUUAAAUCAACAAUUUUACACUUCCAGCUGAGGAAUUUGGUCUGGGCAACCUCCAAGCAUGACGUGUACCUUAUGUCACAUUUUUCCGUCAUUCAUUGGUCAUCCUUGACCUGCAGCAAAAGUGAAGUUCUGAAUGUAUCAGGGCAUGUAGCACCGUGCGAGAAGCAUCCUGGGAGCCUUUUGGAAGGAUUUACACAAACUCAAGUCAGCACUCUUACAGUGAAAGACAACUUGCUAGUUGCUGGGGGAUUUCAAGGAGAACUAAUUUGCAAGUACGUAGACAGGCCUGGAGUUUGCUUCUGUUCCCGGACAACAUAUGAUGAUAAUGCUAUUACUAAUGCUGUUGAGAUUUAUAACACCUCCAGUGGUGCACUUCAUUUUAUAGCUUCGAAUAAUGAUUCUGGAGUUAGAGAUUUUGAUAUGGAGAAAUUUCAACUGUCCAAGCAUUUCCGCUUUCCAUGGCCAGUGAAUCAUGCAUCACUGAGCCCCGAUGGCAAGCUUAUUGCAAUAGUUGGGGAUAAUCCUGAAGGUUUAUUGGUUGAUUCCAGGAACGCAAAGGUUGUUUCACCAUUGAGCGGACAUAUUGACUACUCAUUUGCGUCAGCAUGGCAUCCUGAUGGCCUAACUUUUGCAACUGGCAACCAGGAUAAAACCUGCAGAGUAUGGGAUAUACGGAACCUGUCGAAAUCAGUUGUUGCUCUGAAGGGUAACCUUGGAGCUAUUCGGUCAAUCCGCUACACAUCUGAUGGAAGAUUCAUGGCAAUGGCAGAACCUGCAGAUUUCGUUCACGUUUUCGAUGUAAAAAACGGCUACGAGCAGGAGCAAGAAAUCGAUUUCUUUGGUGAGAUAUCAGGUCUGUCUUUUAGUCCUGAUACAGAGUCCCUUUUUGUCGGAGUCUGGGAUCGCACAUAUGGUAGCCUUCUUGAGUUUGGACGGCGGCACAACUACUCAUACCUUGAUACAAUUAUCUAAGCACUCUCUUGCAUGUACUUGGCUUGAAGUGGCGCUGGCUUAACUUUGUAAAACCAGUAGCAUAGUCAGGAGUUAGUAGUGGAUUUGGCUGUAAAUUUGUCAUGUUGUGCAAUUUAAGUUUGUCACAUAAAUUGUUGUGCACCAUUUCUAAGUAUCAGAGGAUGUAGGAUGGAGGAAUGUAUAAAAGAGGGAGAAACUCCAGUGAUGUGAACAAGAAAAAAUAGUAUUCGUUUCCAUAAGGCAUAGGCCAGAAACUUGAUCUUGUUUUGUGGUGGGGUGGGUAGGGUUCUGUUCAUCAUCACAUCAUGUAUUGAGAUCUUAAAAUCAUCCUGAAAGUUGACUCAUUGAUUUGCAUUUG